CCCAACCCUGUCUGACGCCUCCCCACGUGUUUUCCUUGUCUGUGAUUAACCGCCCGUUUUUUGAUUCAAUUUUUUUUUUUUUUUAAAUAAAACAGACAAUUCAAUGAUUAUUUCAUGUGAAAGUUUAUUGUAUAAUAAUUAAUUUAUUAAAAUAGUUUAAAUGUAUUUUGAGUUUGAUUUGUGAAAAUCAUGGAUUAAAUGUUUCUUUGUUUGUGUGAGCGAAUAACGCCAUACAGUUUUUUUUUUUUUUGUUCUGUCGGUGUGAAAGUGUUUUCGUUUUCAAUUUAAUCGUGCGUGUAUAAAAAAAAAAAAAUCAUGUCUAAUAAUCAAGAUAUAACAGACUCUCAAAGAACAACUCAAAAUACACAAACUACACAAGUUGCGGAUAUUUUUUCAUCACAAGAUUUUCCUGAUUCUCCAAUGUCUUUAUUACCAUGGGGAAGAUUGUGUCCCAAUAAACCAAAAUUUAUUCCAGUCGAAUUAACUAAAGAUUCUUAUACACUGGGAAGAUCGGUGACUUGUGAAAUUAAUGUAAUGGAACUUGGAUUAGAUAAAAAAAUUGCCGAUUGCAUCAGUAAACAACAUUUUAAAAUAACUAAAGAAAAAAUAAAGAGUUCAAAUAAUUUGGAGGACAUAACUGUUGUUUAUAUUGAAGAUUUGUCGCAAAAUGGAACUUAUGUUAAUAAAAGAAGAAUUGGUAAAGGAAAUAGAGUUAUACUUGAAAAUCACGAUGUUAUUUCACUUGCGCAGGCAAAGUUUGCAGUUUAUAUAUUUAUGAAUAUUCAGGCCUAUGAAGGCAAUGAUUUACCGGCUGAAAUUAAAUUUAAAUAUGCAAUAUCAAGAAAAUUGGGAUCAGGCGCCUGUGGCGAAGUGAAAUUAGUAUUUUCAAAAAUGUCAUGCAAAACAUUUGCAAUGAAAAUACUUUCAAAAAAAGGACUAACAUCUUUAAAUGGUGAGGCGGAUAGAUUUAUUGAUGACAAAAAAAUUUUGAAUGAAGUGGAAAUUUUGAAGAAAUUACGACACCCGUGUAUAAUAAAAACGGAAGAAGUUUUCAAUACAAUAAAUUCAGUCUACAUUGUUCUUGAAUUAAUGGAAGGUGGUGAACUUUUUGAUAGAAUUCGCCAAACACAAACGGGUUUAACCAACAGAAAUGCAAAAUUAAUAUUUUAUCAAGUUGCAUUGGCCGUACAAUAUUUACAUUCCGAAGGAAUAACGCAUCGUGAUUUAAAGCCGGAAAAUAUUCUAUUGGCGUGCGACAAAGAAGUGACAUUGGUGAAAGUAAGUGAUUUUGGUUUAUCAAAAUUUGUCGACGCUGAAACAAUGAUGAAAACAUUUUGCGGCACAAUGAUGUAUGUGGCGCCUGAAAUUUUAUUAACACACGGACGUGGCGCUUAUACAUGUAAAGUUGAUGUUUGGAGUUUGGGUGUAAUUCUUUACACAUGCCUUAGCGCACUCACGCCAUUUAACAAUAAUAAUCCAAAAAUUUGUCUCUACGAACAAAUCACUCAAGGAGCAUAUAAUUUUCCCCAAUCACGAUUCGAGAAUGUUGAUGAGAAAGCAAAAGAUUUGAUAAAAUGUAUGAUGACAUUAAAUCCAAAUCGACGAUUAUCAAUAGAUCAAGUAUUAAAACAUAAAUGGCUCUGUGAUCCAGCAAUGAAAUCAACAGUAUUGGAAUUAUUUCGUGUUUCUGGUGAUAAUCAAAAUUAUGCACCAUUCUUAGAGAAUCAAAUGAAAAAUAUGAAAUUAUCCGAGAGAAAAGCGCCAUUUUCACAUGUUGCAAAAAGACCAAGACUCGAUUUUAUGGACCCAAGGUUGUAAAUAUUCUAAAUAUUUGUAUAUAUUUAAGAUAAUAGUUAUAAUAGUAAUGUUUAAUAAUUUUCGACACAGAAGAAAAAAAAAAUAAUUCAUAAUAAUGACGAAACUGAUUUAAGAAAAAAAAUGAAAAAUAAAUAAACCAGUCGAAAGAAAGAUCGUGAUAAUGAAAAAAAAAAAUAAUAAUUGUGAGAUUAAAAUAUAAAGUAUUAGUGAAAAGUAUAACUUUCUAAAAUAAGAAUACAACAAAUUAGUUUAAUUGUGACAUGUAAAAAUGUUUUGUUUCUUCUUUAAAUCGCGUUUUUUUUUUUUUAUUUAUUUCAAAGUAUAGAGAAUAUAUGCGUGUUUUUUUUCUGUUACUUUUAGUACAAUUCUUUUGACACAAAGUCUAUCUACAAAGAAAAAACAUUUUGUAAGUAAAUUUCAGAAAAAAAUAAAAUAAAAUGUCUUUCGUAAAUAAAAACAAAAAAGUCAGACAAGUGCAAGUUACACUCGCACUUGUUCGAUUUUAUUUUGUAAAAAAUAUUUUACUAAAAAAAUAUAAGAAACAUAAUUUUAUUUCAA